UUAAAUUCUGUUCCUUACAUGCUCACAACCCUUUGUCUUCGCAUAACUUCUUCUAACUUUUAAUUUGUGGCUCUGGGAUUCCGCGUUGUUGAUGAUAGAUAAAUUGACACUUAUGAUGUCAUCACUCAUAAACUUGGAAGGUAAGUCUUUCCCUUUGUUAGAAGAAUUUGCACUGAGCUACUAAGCGUGUGUUUGGGGGCUAAAAUAGAUUAAUAUCUUCAUAACGUGAGCUCCAUAAAUGGAAGGACACACCUUUAUCAGAAGGUGCAUGGUCCAUCCUCUUGUGGUAUAGAUAUUUAGUUAGUGUCUGUCCGACAGCAGUUUCUUCCUUAAUAACUGCGAAAAAUUUGAUAGCUUUCAAUCACCACCGAAAAGUUAGGGACUUUUUAAUUUUCUCCUUUAUCGCUUACUAGUUAGUAGCUUGAUAUGAAGAUGUGAAAUUCUCUAGCAAAAGGGUCAUGUCUUUCGGUGGGUUAAGUAUUGUUUUGAGCCUUGUGUUUGGGUGUCUUCUGCUGGCUCUGGUUGCACAGCUUUACUAUUUCUUGUGGUGGAAGAAGAGAAGAACACACGUUGAUGUUGAAAUGGAUCAUGGCAAUUAUGCAAAGGGGCUGUUUCAUUGGGGGUGUUUGAAGACACCCUUUAACAUGCAUGCUACAAAUAUUGCAGGGAGUUUGAGUAAAGACCCAGAAACCACAAGUCAUGAAGCAGACUUGGAGUCGGGUGAGGGAAAGGAUUUGCUGCACAAGUCCUUUGGGGAAGAAGGCGUGGAGUGUGAGUUAAUGAGGCUGCACAAUCUUGCUGGUCCACCAAGAUUCCUCUUCCCAAUCAAAGAGGAAACCAAAGAGGAUUUGGAGUCUGAAGAUGGUAAAUCUAGGUGGGAUAGAAGCAGAAAAGGUUCAAGAACAAGGAGUCUUAGUGAUAUUAUGUUGGCUAUUGAUACCCCUUUUCUUACGCCUGUGGCUUCCUCGCCUUUGAAGUGUCCUUUGGACCCUCUUGAUUCUUAUAAGCAUCAAGGAUUCAAUCCUCUCUUUGAAUCAUCAGCAGAAUUAGAGUUCAACAGGUUUAGAUCUUCACCACCUCCGAAGUUCAAGUUUUUGAGGGAUGCAGAAGAGAAAUUGCAUAGAAAAUUGGUUGAAGAAGCUAGGAGAAAAGCACUAGAGAAUCAUGGUUCUAUCCCAGAAAAUGGGGCUAAAGAUUCCCGUAAUGAAACUAUGGCCACAGAUUUUACUGAAGGGUCCUUUCUUAGACUCAUUCAGAACAAAGACCCAGAACGCAAACAACUUCAACAGUAUCUACCUCAGUUUCCUUCAGGUUCAUCUCAGGUUCUCCCGUUGCCAUCUUCUCCACCAACAUUCAGACCACUUGAUAAUGCAUCCUUGGUGCAUUAGUUUCAUACAACUAGGCUUUGGUUAUUUUUUCUUUUUUCUUUUUCUCCCCAUAGUAUGUUAAAUUAAUUUUUCUAAAUCACUCCUGUGCUAAUUUUUAUUGUUUUACAAAGUAAUUGGUAAUUGAUACCCUUUAUUUUGUGUGCCUUGAAAUGAUUUCUGUGGUCAAUAUGAUUGAUGCAAAUUUGCGCUUGGCAUGCCAACAAAUAGAAUGCAAACUGACAUGCGCUUCAAAAUGGUUGUUAAGAUGCUGGUAAUCGAGCAAAGGACUUAGUGGGGUAGUGUGUUUUUGUCCAUUCCCCAUGUUUGCUGUGGCUUUAACCUGUGAAUCAAUCAUGUGAAUGAUGCUUGUUUGCUACCAAUAUCUUAAUUUUUGGGGUCUCAAUGAUGUUUUGUUUUCUAUUUAGAAAUUUCCACAAUCAUUUCCGGUACUAGUAUUUUACUUUGUUAUCAUUUAUACCCAGGCCAGUCGUAUGCGCCUAGCUGUGUCUUUUGAUUUGUUUUUGUUUUUGUUUUUGUUUUUAAUAUCUGUUGCUUAAUUCAAAUCAAAAUUAAAUUAGCUACCAAUUAGAUCAGUGGUUCCUAAAUUCUAAGGGUUAAGGAAAAACAUGAGAAAGUUCGCAGGCAGAUCGAUUUCACAUGUUGAUUUUAAAAGUCAAUGCUUCAUUCUAACGCAGUUAGCAAAGUGGUGUACAGAUAAUGAAUUUAGAAUAACUUGCAGUGUUAUUGAAUUUUGCACAAAAGCUUCGAGUUAAGAAUUCCACCUUUUUCUACUCU